AUGAAAACCACAUUUUUAUUUGCAGCAUUGUUUUUACUGGAUUUCUUCGUUUGCUUUCAUGCUUAUCUACAAUAUCCCUUGCCUGACACAGAGGAUGCAAAGUUCAUUAAAGACUGUGUGAGAGCUCACAACACAUUUCGAUCCAAAGUGAAUCCAGCAGCCAGCAAUAUGUUUCGCAUGUCCUGGGAUGCUGCUUUAGCUAAUUCUGCCAAAGCAUGGGCAAAGAAGUGCAAGUUUAAACACAAUAUCAACCUUGAAAUACCAGGAAAGAUUCACCCCAUCUUCCCCCUUGUUGGAGAAAACAUCUGGACUGGCACAGCCACCACCUUCUCUGUGGGUGCAGCUCUCAGUGACUGGUUUAACGAAGGCAGCAGCUAUGAUUUCAGCACCAAUAGUUGUACUGGCAUGUGUGGUCACUACACUCAGGUUGUUUGGGCAGAGAGUUACAAAGUUGGCUGCGCAGUUCACUUCUGCAAUACAGUUGAACAUUUUCCAGAAGUGUCGGAAGCAGCACACUUCAUUUGUAACUAUGGGCCAGCGGGGAAUUACCCAAGAAAACCAUAUAAAGCAGGACAACCAUGCAGUGGAUGCAGUAAUGAGAAGUGUGUAGACAAGCUCUGUGAAAAUACAGACCGGGAGAAGCUGAUAAAUUAUGCCAACUGGUAUCCAGACUGGGAUGCACAGCCCCAGUCCCAGCCACCGUGGCCCCGCAUCCCCGGUCCUCCUGUGCCAAAAUACAUCCCACCUGCUGAGCAUCCACGUUCCUCUUGUGACCAGUACUGUCUUAGUGUUUUAAUUUUAAGGCCACUGUUUCUGGUACUGAGUGCUAGUGCUGUUCUUUUAGUACAACAGCGAUUUCCACACACAUUUUUUUAUGAGUAACGGUCAAUUACGGUACUGAUAGCGAUCCUACUGCUGUAUUAGUAUCAGACAAUUGCACAAAUUUAAAAAAACACUUGGUCAUCUCUCCAUUAUCCCUGUGAUGUUUAUCCAGCAUAGGAAAAGCUGCUUCCUCACUCAAGGCAAGAUAUAAGUGGCUGUGCAUAGAGAUAAUAUUAUUAAUUUAUUGGCAAUAGCUGCAACACGUUCCCAUGUCUGUAUGAGCCUGUUAGCUCUGGCUCCAGGCUAGCUCACUGUUAGAGGGACCACAGAGAGUGUCUAUUACUACAUGUGCUAACAAGCCUCCUGGAAACCUGGCCAUCACAAAGACAUGUCUUAAGCGGCCCACUGUAUCCAAAAGACGUAAUAACUCAUCUCCAUUAACCUUCAGUUAUCCCAGACACAAUUUUCACCAGAUAACAGAGAUUUAACUGUAUUACUUUUUACAAACAGAAGUAAAGCUUGUCCUUUACUAUAUUGAGCC